CUGUGUGGGCGUGGAAGUAAGGGCGUUGGAUACGGAAAUGAGAGCCGCGAUGUUUUGAAAAUAAUAGUCCGUAUUUGUGGUUUGGAAUGUGUGGAGUUUCUUCGAGUAAAAAUACGUUAUAAAUGAAUACUGCGAAUCAUUUUUACAUAUCAAUGAUACGAUAACUAUAAAAUAGUUAAAAUAUCAGUUUUGGUGAAACACUUGUGUUUCGUAGUUAGCAAUAGAGGAAUAAGGGAGAAGCUAUUUAGUGGCUGGGGAGAGCAGUGUCCGCCUACUGAAUAUGCCGCGCGUCCGUGGCUCCGAUAAAACGUUAGCUCGGCGGCUUGAUCAGGACUUGGAGGCUCUCGAGCAGCAGCAGGGAAACGGGUCAGAUAAGGGCGACGAUGCGAGUGGCGUUGCGGUGUCUGGUCCCCAGAGCCGCCUGAAGUCUCUCAGGAUCGCGGCGCUCAGGGUCCACAGCGGCACUGGGAGCCACUGGCCGGCCAGGAUACUGUCAAUCCUCUGCUCCAUUCUCAUAUUCUUUGUCAUCGCCUUUUUCUUGUCAUUGUUCUACGUUAUUUUAAAAGAUUUGCGUACUGAGAAAAUGACAGCUGACGAUGGCUCAGAAAUCAAACUUUUAGGGUUCUGGAGCUUGCUGGUCCUGUCCGCCAUCGCCGGCGUCUCCUGCUGCAGCUUCUCCUGGACCCUGACCUACUUUGACUCCUUUGAGCCGGGCAUGUUUCCCCCGACGCCGCUGUCCCCUGCCAGGCUGAGCGCUCAGCCUCUCCUUUUUGUCUACAGGAAGAUGACGGGACAUUCCUUCCACAUGGGCUACAGCAUGGCCAUACUGAAUGGCAUCGCGGCUGCCCUUACCGUCUUCUGGUGCCUGGCGUGAGAGCGCCCCCUCACCGGCGAGGAAGGAACUACAACCGUGUGGAAAUACGAGACGCCAUUGGUGGUGGGCUAUUCUGCAAUUCUGUCAAUAUUUUAUAUGAUGAUUAUAACCUCUUAUGUAUGGUGUUUACUACAGGUAAGGGAUCUUCCUACAAGCUCUAAGUAUUAGAAGGAAUCACUAGAAUGGUAUUUUUUAUUGUCUUUUAUUUAUGUUUUUGGAUUUUAUCUUGUAAAAUGGCUUGAACGCUCAAAGUGAACGUGCCCUCGAACUGAUGGUUUUGCAAUAAAAUUGGGGAGGAUGUGUUUAGUAACACAGUGCCGUCUUAAUACGAUUGGCAUUUCAGUUAUUACUACUGGGCUUGUUCGUUUACAAAGUUUUUAAAGUGAAGGGUAAAUAUUAUUUUUGUAAUUUCAUAUGUUGGUUUAUGAAUGUGUAUUUCUUUAUACUGCUGAAAGUUGUCCCACAGAUAAAUACUCUGUCUGCUUGGUUCACGGGUCAUUCACUCGUAUCACUCUCUGGUGCUUCUGAAGGGCACCGGUCAUAAAAAUGUUUAACUUGAUCUUUGGAAAAUUACCUACAUUCUUUGUAUGUGUUCGAUACCUCUUCUGGCUUUGUUACUGUUCUGUAUUUUAAUAUCACUACUGGUAUAUAUAGCACACUAUAAAUCAAAAUACUCCUGUUAGAUUGCUGAGAUCUUUCUUUUUAAACCUUUUAACACUUAGCUGAUGUCCUUCCAUUAAAAGAAAUCACUGAAAUUGUUUGCUGCAUAAUACAUGGCUGUGUGUUGUUUUAUAGUUUAUUUUUUAAACACUUUUAUAGCUGUAAUCCUGUUACAGUGCAGCUGACAGAUGCUUGCUAAUUAUCACUGACUACUAAGAUCAUUGUACAAAUGAAUCACUAAUUAGACGUAGUUGAGUAUAAAAGGUGUACGGAUUUGUCAGGACACUGAUUCUUCAUAACAAAUGUAUCACUUCUGUAAACCUGUUUCUGAAAUCGUGUUUAAAACAAUCUUGUAUUUUUGUGUGUUUGUUAAGCACAAAAUAAACAUUUUGUUAACAAUC